AUGCCUGUCCUUUUUUCACCUCUUACGAUUGCGAUUACACUAAUUUUUUUUGCUAAUUCUUUCUUUCUCUUGUUAUCUAUGGACGAAAACAUUCUGUCUGUUCGGCCUGGAAAUUUCGGCUGUUUCGUUCGUUCGUUCGUUCGUUCGUUCGUUCGUUCGUUCUUUCUUUCUUUCUUUCUUUCUUUCUUUCUUUCUUUCUUUCUUUCUUUCUUUCUAUCUCCAUCUCUCCAUAUCUAUCUAUCUAUCUAUCUAUCUAUCUAUCUAUCUAUCUAUCUAUCUAGCUCAGCGUCUCCUCUUUAUCUAUCUAUCUAUCUAUCUAUCUAUCUAUCUAUCUAUCUAUCUCAGCCUCUCGUUUUAUCUGUAUCUAGCUAUCUUAGCCGCUUUCUCUCUCUCACUUUCUAUCUAUCUAUCUCAUAUCUCGUUCUAUCUAUCUAUCUAUCUAUCUAUCUAUCUAUCUAUCUAUCUAUCUAUCUCAGCCACUUUCUCCCCCACCUCUCUUUCUCUCUACCUACCUAUUUCUCUACCUACCUUAGCGUCUAUUUUUUAACAUUUUUGGUUCAAUAUGGACCGGUUCAAUAUGGACUAGUUCUAUCGGAGUCUGCUCAUAUCUAUCUAUCUAUCUAUCUAUCUAUCUAUCUAUCUAUCUAUAUAUUAUUUUUAUAA